AUGGGCUAUGCUGGUUAUGUGUCCGCCAAGUACCCGCCCCCGAAGCCCACAGAGGUGGAGGCUGCUGUCCAGGCCGUGAAGUCUGAGCAGGCGCUCGACGUCAUAGGCAAGCUCCUCUACAACGCCGCGAUUUCGCCGCGCGAGGAGAAGUUCCGCCGCAUCAAGCUGACCAACGCCAAGAUCCGUGAGUCAAUUGUUGAGGCGCAUGGGGCGCUCGACGCGCUGCGCGCGCUGGGCUGGGUCGACGACCCGGAGUCCAGCGAAUACCUGGUGGUGCAGCCGGGCCUGUACUUUUCUAUGAAGGAGGUCCGCGUGGUCGAGGCAGCCAAGGAGAAGCUGCGCAAGGACGCGCGCGGCUCCAACAAGAACCUUGCCGGCAUGGUCUCUGUGCAGGCGUGA